AUGCCCCCGGAUCUGAACUCCCUUCCUCCAUCUCGCUCAUCUUCAACCUCCUCCUCCAUUCCACGUAAUAUGUCCGCUCCUGGAACUGGGCCGGCGCCCGUGAACCCGAACACCGCCUCACCAAGGCCCUCCCGUGGCUCGAGCAUAGGUCGCCUCUCGGUAUCCGAGCGACGUCGGUCCAAUGUCGGCAUGAACCUGAACCUAAAUGAGAUGGGUACUGGCCACGGAGCUAGCGAGUUACCCGCAUCAGACCACCACCAUCGCAGCUCGAUCGGACAUGCAUUCCGUACAGCCAGCCCGUCCAGCCAUGGAGGAAGCCCUGUUUUCGCGACUGCCGAUCCCCAUCAUCAGCGCGCACCAUCGCUGGGAGAGCUACACCAAGAGCUGGAGCAAGAACAGGAAGCACAAGUGAACCGUCUGCUUCAAAUGAUCCGCAGCCAGCAGGCUCAGUUACAACAAUACCAGCAGCAACAGACCCCGCAAUCAUCCGCUGCAAUCGACGACACAACCCCGGCUUCCGAACGGUCGGCUUUCUUCCCCCCCGCCCCGGCACCCCCAGCCGGCAACAGAUUAUCAAUCUCGUCUUCAUUCUCAAACCGCCGAAAUUCGCGACCUUCAAGUCAAGCGACGUCACCGAACCUGCGGCCGCUAGACUCGCGUGGACCGGAGGGCGUGGAGCCAUUCCCGGGGUUGCGGGACAGUCCAUCUCGGCGCGGCAGCCGGGACGAGAGUGCCUUUUACCAAGCUGAAGCGAGCUCGCUAAGCCGAGAAAAUGUGCUCCUGCGGCAGCGGAUUCGGGAACUAGAGAGACAAAUCAGCGGCUUGACGACUUCCCAGAGCGCGUCCUCCGCAACAACUACUUCGGGCAGUGCUUCCGGGCAAGCGGGGACCGAAACCGCGGACCCGCCUGCCGUGGGUUCACCGCGAGACGGCAAAGACUGA